AUGGCUUCUGAACACAGCGCUGUGUCAGUUAUCGUGCAGGCGCCCGGCGUGGAGACGUGCGUCGACGAGGACGACCUGUCCGUGCGGUGCUCGACGGCGAGCACGCGACUAAGUGUGUGCCUCGACGACGUGGGCGAUAGCGCAGUGAUCUCUGUGCCCAAGCGGCUCGACGCUCCGGCAUUGCACGACCACGAUGUGCGCCUGAAUUCUGACCUCAAGACGUUUGUGAAUACGUGCAUUGCGUUUUUGGGCUCGGGCGUGUUGGGACUUCCGUAUGCGUUCCGUCGGACCGGUAUCGUGAUGGGUCUGGUGACGUUGAUCGGUGUCUCGGCCGUCAGUACCUACGCCAUGAUGCUCGUUGUGCAGUGCAAGUACAAGCUCAAGCGUCAAGGCAUACACGUUGCGACGUACGGCGAGAUCGGGUACUUUGCUAUCGGUCGUGCUGGCUCGGUCAUUGUGAACACGGCACUAGUGCUCUCUCAGAUGGGCUUCUGCAUUGCCUAUUUGAUCUUCAUUGCUUCGAAUGCGCAGCAAUUCCUGGGCGUGUCGAAGCAGUUGAUCGUGUCAGUGUGUGUACCGCCACUGAUUGGAUUGUCUUUGCUGAGACAUAUGAGAGAGCUGGCUUACGUCGCAGCGCUCGCAGAUUGCAUGUGCAUUCUCGGACUCUUAGUGGUGCUCAACAUCGAUCUGUCCUACAUGGACUAUGACCACGACGACAUUGAGGUGCUCGGCGCGUUGUCCGCUUUGCCGUUUUUCUUCGGUGUGACGAGCUACUGUUUUGAAGGCGUGGGGAUGGUGCUGCUGCUGGAAAACUCAAUGCAAAACAAGCGGAACUUCACGCCGAUACUCGUCAGCACGGUUGUGAUCGUUACUACGCUGUACGCUACUUUUGGUAUCUGUGGCUACCUCGCGUUUGGCAAUGACACGAACGCUAUCAUCACGCUUAACUUCGACGGCAUCGGUGGCUUGGUCACACUUGUCAAGGUAUUUCUGUGCUUGGGACUGUUUUUCACGUACCCCGUGAUGAUGUUUCCAGUCUUUGAGGUGCUGCAGCCAAUGUUGAUUCGCAGCAAUACGCUGGAAGAUCCAACGUCGAGCCAGAAAAAAGAGAUCGUUCUACGUGCGGGAAUUGUCUUGUUCACUGCUGUACUUGCGGCUGGGAUUCCAGAUUUCGGUCGAUUCAUCUCGUUCGUUGGGUCGACGUGCUGCUCGUUACUAGCCUUCGUCUUACCAGCACUUUUCCACAUCCGCCUCUUUCUGGAUGAGCCGUUGACGUGCACCAAUCGGUUGCACAAUCUUUUCUUGUGCGCAAUGAUGACGGUGGGGUUUGCCAUGCUUGGCGCCGGAAUUGCCGAAGCAAUCGGCAGUAUACUCUAG